UGUCAUAAUACCUAAAAAAUAUUUUUUUGUAGGAAGUUUAGUCCAAUAUACCGCACAGACGAAGAUUUUGCCAAACAAUUCAACAGUAUCUUCUAUUUCCCUCUUUAAACUGAUGAGCAUCAAAGAAUUACAAAUUAAUUUCAAUUUAGACUUUUAAUAAUACAUAAUUAUUUCAUAAUCAAGGAGUCACCUUGUUGCCAAAAAUUUUUAGGUUAUCUUGUCGUGCUGUCUUAAUUUUAGUUUGACAAUUUUGAAAAGCACACGCGGCUAGAAUUUAUUAUUUCCUUCCCUUAAGUGUUUUGUAUAUACAACAUGUACGUUUUUGUUACCUUUUUUUCUUAGUCAACGUAAAAAUCUACAAUAAAUUUACAUUGCUAUAGUAAUGACUCAAGAAGUACGUCGUAAGAAAGUUUUCUCCAUUGGAAAUUACCUUUUUACCGGGAUUACCUUAGGGAAAGGAAACUUUGCCAGAGUCGAAGAGGCAGUACAUACAAUUCUCAAUGUCAGGGUGGCGAUCAAGAUCAUGGAUGUUAACCAUAUUAAAGAGGAAUAUGUUAUCAAGAACCUGUACCGAGAGGCUAAGAUAAUGGCCAAACUGAACCAUCCAUGUAUUGUAAGCUUGUUCCAAACCAUGCAAAGAGCUGAUAAUGUUUAUUAUCUCGUAACAGAACUAGCAAAUGGAGGAGAUUUGUGUUCGUUCGUUAAAAAACAAGCUAAAGGUCGAUUAGAAGAAAAGCUCACCAAAGUCUACGCGAGACAAUUCGUUUCAGCUCUAUCACACAUGCAUAGCUUAGGAGUGGUUCAUCGUGAUUUAAAAAUGGACAAUGUUAUGUUAAACAGUGUACAAACCCAAAUAAAAAUUGUCGAUUUUGGUCUAAGCAAUAUUUGGACGCCAGAUUCUCCACUAAAAACCCACUGCGGAUCGCCAGAGUAUGCAGCCCCAGAACUUUUCGUAACUGGUAAACAAUACGGUGCCGAAGUAGACCUCUGGAGUCUUGGUAUUAUUCUAUAUGGUAUGGUACUUGGUAAACUACCAUUUGUCACAAGUUGCUGUCAACAGUUACCCUCUCAAGAACGCAGAAAACAACUAGUAGCUCAAAUUAAUAAAGGUUUAAGUACUGCUCAUCGAAGAGCUCUCUCAUCGUUCUCUCCGGACUUCCGCACCUUGAUGAGUCGAUUAUUAAUAGCCGAUGCUAGCAAAAGAAUCAAUAUAAAAGAACUGAUGGUGCAUCCUUGGAUAACAGAAAAAGGUAAAAGGAUGAUUCGCACAAACCCUCUAAAGAAUUUAGAUUCCUACGAAAAGAACAAACUCUACGGUAAGUUAAGUGCUAUAUUACAAAUAGACCCGAAGCAAGUCAGCCAAGCCAUCAUGCAGGAACCUCUAGGCAAAGUUGGUGGAGUCUACAAUGUUUUAAAGCGCAAGCUCCAACUCAACUCAGUUCAUGGUGAUGGAGCUUCUAAAACGAUGCCAUCGCUUACUAUAUUCGAAAUUGCAAAUUUAACGAAAGCUUUGGAUAAAGAAAGAUCCAGAAGUCCUCUAUCGAAGCGAAUUCCGAAACCGCAGUCAGCUCAAACGCAGAAAAAAGAUUAUUUUACUCCAAGCAUUCAAUCUACCGAAAGCAAAGUAUCUAGACAAUCGAUUAACAAAGAAGAACAGACAGUUAAAUUAGUCAAUAUUAAUACAAAUCAAGGGAAGAUCAAAAAGAAGUAUCAACUAACUAAAAGUAGACCUUCUACUGUUCAGGAAACUACGAUUUUGAAAGGAGCUGGUGCUGGCGAGGGUAAAGAAAGGCCAAAUACAGUACAAGCAGUAGUUGAGAAAAAAGUCGAUUACAGAUAUAUCAAAUCGCCUAGCUUAAGAAGAAAAGUCUAUUCAGCUACGUUAAAUAAAGAUAGUUCGCAACUUAUACCAGUUCCUGAUAAAUGUUUAGCAUCACCGAGGGGAGACCAAAAAGAAACUAUGGUCACCAUUGAAAAACCGAAGGACAAAAAGGAUGCCAGAUUGAAGGAACGAGUCAUGUCACCUUCUACGAAAUCGCGAGAAAGAGAUAAAUCCAAAUUCGAUAGACCUGUUAGUAAGAAACAAGGCAAAGUUGUGCAAAUUAAAGAAUCACCAGCUAAACUUCCUCCGUUACCAAAAUCAGACCAAUCGCAAAGGCGGACAUCCGUAACGGCUCCGCUGCAGCAAAUGAUCGAGAAAUCUUUGAAAACAGCUGUGGUGAUAGGGAAGUCAAGUAGCGCGAAAGUAACGAUGAAAAAAAAGGAGGCGAAGGAGGACAACGUGAACAUGGCGUUUGGUGACUACGUAGCGACGAAGGGUGCGACAUCUCCGAGAAAGAUCGCCAUUUACGAUCCGAUCGCACGGUCGAUAGCCGAUUACGUGGCUAACAAUAUUUCUGAUAAGAUUAAUCGUUACCCAUGGCUUAAAAAGUGACGUAAUUAACGUAGACAAACUUGUGUAUAUAAGAGUUAUUAUUUUAUGUAAAUGAAAUUACCGAAUAAAGACAGGCGACAUUUAUGAAAAUGC